CGACCGAGAAAAGUGCAUUCAGUGGUGCUUGACAGAAGGCGGUGCGAAAAAUAGCUGUUUUUACCGAAAAUACUCCCAAAAUUCACCAACCCACUCACGCACUUGAGAGCAGAACGCCCAGAGAACGCAAUGUCAGAUGUUCAGGUACUCUUGGAUAUGGGAUUCACCCGUGAGAGGAUCGAUCGAGCUCUCGCGGUGACCAACAAUAAGGGCGUGGAGCCGGCCAUGGAGUGGCUGCUGGCGCACGCCGACGACGAUCUUCCCAGUGAAGUUGUGACCAGUCCUCCUACCGGCGCGGUGGAGAUUACUGAGUCUGUUCCAGAGUCUUCACAGACCAACGAGGCAAAGCCGAAAGAAGAAGGUGAAACUGCAGCAGCCAGUAAUGACGAUGCUGUAGCGAAGUCCAUCAAAUGUGAUGAAUGUGGCCGACAAUUCCGUUCGUCUGUGGAGGUGGAGUAUCACGCAGUGAAGUCUGGUCAUUCUAGCUUCUCGGAAUCCACGGAUGAGAAGAAGCCUCUCACUGAGGAGGAGAAGAAGGAACAAUUGGCACAGCUGGAGGAGAAGUUGAAGAAGAAGCGCGCCGAAAGAGAGGAGAAGGAAAAAGUGGAGGCACUGGACAGGGAAAAGAAUCGUAUUCGCUCGGGGAAGGAUUUGCUUGAGGCUCGCCGAAAGAUGGAGGAAAUUGAGAUGGCUAAAAUCGUGGAGGCGCGCAAACGGGAGAAGAUUGAGGAGAAAUUGGCCAAGGAGAGAGUGAGAGCACAAAUUGCGGCAGACAAGGAGGCCCGAAAGGCACGAAUGGCUGGAGACACAGGAGCUUCGAGUGCUCCGCCAAUUGAGCAAGCCACGCCAUCAUCUUCCACGUCAGUGAAUAGUGUUCCAUCGAAGAAGUACUCCAGUACAAAGAUCCAAAUCCGCCUUCCGGACGGCAGUUCUGUGGUGGAGACAUUCGAUGCCAAGGAGCAAUUAUCGGCUGUGCGACUCUUCAUUCAACUCAAGCAGGGCAUUGAAGUUCCUUUCCGCCUCAUGACAAACUUCCCGCGAAAGAUUUUCGACGAAGAGGACUUUGAGAAGCCGCUUGAAGUGCUCGGUCUCGUUCCGUCGUCCGUCGUGAUCGUCACUAAAUAAUUAGGUCGGGCUUCUCUCCACCUCUUAAGGACCUCUUCAAGACAUGUAAUCUUGUAUGUAAUGCUAAUAUUAUCCUCCUCAGCAUAUGAAUUCAAGGUAAAUUGUAUUAAUAUAGGACUUUGGUAAUAAAUCACACAAUAUCAUGA